GCCGGGCCGGGGUGGGCCGGGCCGGGGACUGUACCGCGGAGGACUCCGGUCUGUUGGAGAGUCUGGGCGGCGGCGGAGGGAUCCUUCUGGGGGGAGUCCCGUCGUGGAAGAGGACGAGGAUAUCCAGCUGGUUCUGCCCGCGGCGGAAGCGCAGCGGCCCGACUCUACUUGCGCUUCUUCCGAGCGUCCGCCACCUCCGAGCGUUCGGUCCUCGGGGCGAGUCUCUGGCCGCUAUGGCCGCGGUCGCGGGCUUCCGGGCCUUCGGGUCAAAGGUACCCGACUGGCUCCGGCGCGGCCCACGGGCUCCGCGAGCCGCCGGCUUCUGCAGCAGGGGGCCGCCCGGGGCCGGUCUGUCGGAGCCCGCGCAGCGACCCACCCGCGUGCAGCAGCGAGACGGCAUCAGGAACAUUGUCUUGAGCAAUCCAAAGAGGAGAAACGCACUGUCACUGGCAAUGCUGAAAUCUCUCCGAAGUGACAUUCUUCAUGAAGCUGAAAGCAAAGAUCUGAAAGUCAUUAUCAUUUCAGCGGAGGGGCCUGUAUUUUCUUCAGGACAUGAUUUAAAGGAAUUGACGGGUGAACAAGGUCCAGAAUACCACGCUGAAGUAUUUCAGACCUGUUCUGAGGUCAUGAUGCUGAUCCAGAAUCACCCCGUCCCGGUGAUUGCCAUGGUGAAUGGCUUGGCCACUGCUGCUGGGUGUCAGCUGGUUGCCAGCUGUGACAUUGCUGUGGCCAGCGACAAAUCCUCAUUUGCCACUCCUGGUGUGAACGUCGGACUCUUCUGCUCCACCCCUGGUGUGGCCUUGGCGAGAGCAAUGCCAAGAAAGGUCGCCUUAGAAAUGCUUUUUACUGGGGACCCCAUUUCUGCUCAGGAGGCCUUGCUCCAUGGGUUGCUCAGCAAAGUAGUGCCAGAAGAGCAGCUGGAGGAAGAGACCAUGAGAAUUGCAAGAAAGAUUGCCUCCUUGAGCCGUCCUGUGGUGUCCUUGGGCAAGGCCGCCUUCUACAAGCAACUGUGCCAGGACCUUAGAACGGCCUACCACCUGACCUCCCAGACCAUGGUGGACAAUGUGGCCCUGCAGGACGGGCAGGAGGGAAUCAAGGCCUUCAUCCAGAAGAGGAAACCCGUCUGGUCACAAUGAGCUGGCCAUGUUAGAGGACCAAGGGCAAGUGAGCCCCGUAAGCAGCACUCAGGACACCCCCUCCCCUAUCUGGUCCCUAACCACUGUGGCCUUGUGAUGAUAACGAAAGACAGGCAGACUGCUUCUGUAGCAUGCGUAAUAGUUUCACUGAUUGCUGUCUAUGCUUCCAGGGGGAAAGGAUGGAGCAGAGAGUCAAAGGAAGUGCUAAUUUAAGAGUAGUGGGCACCUGUGAUGGGCCAGCUGCAGUAGAAAGCCUAGAAUUUGAUACAGUUCUUCAUGGGACCUUAAGUGAGGGAUCACCCUGACAGGGGAGAAGGUGAUGAUAAAAUGAGGUGUGAAAGGAGGAUGCCAACACACCUCUGUUAUCAGAAAUGUCCCCUAAAGUGGAGGUACCUCUGGUUGCCCCAGGCACAUGAACCAUUUCAGAUCUCCAUGAGAUAUUCUACAUACUGAACAUCUUCCUGGUUCUAUUGAGAAAUAAUCAUGCCUAUGGCUUUGGAAUAAUCUUAUGUGAGUUUAAAAGAUUAACUAUUGAGAGAAACUGGUAAUUUUAUCUUCCUAACCAGACUGUGAGCUACCUGAGGGGGAAAAAUAAACUAAUUCUUAUUUUUGUUUGCCCAUACUACAGACAUACAA